AUGCGUUCCGAUAUAUAAGAUAAUCUCACAAUGUCAUGGUGCCCCUGCUGUCGGAUGCGGAAAAGAGUUAUGCGUCUGCUGUCUGUGGAUCCUGCCAGUGACGAUGUUGUGGUAUGUGCACCUCUGGACGAUCGUGCCGAUGUCAUUGACGCUACUCAAGCUCUGUGGCGAAUGCGCAGUCCUCAGCUUGAACAUCGAUCGAUUGGAAUCCGAAUUCAAGCAAUUCUCUAAUGCUAUCGGACGCAAUCAAUUUAUCAUGUGUGA